CGAAACAAUCCACCAACCUCUCGUCCUCUCCCCCGCCGGAAGAAUGGCCACCAAGGGCUACCAGGCUCCAGCUCCGGCGAUGGCCGCGGCGGGAGGGGGCGCCGGUUCCGGCGGCGACGGCGGCGACGGCAACAGGGCGCCGAAGGGGAGCAAGCCGCGGCGUGGACAGGUCAAGGAGAAGAUCAUCAAGGACGUGGUCGCCGCGGUCGCCAACAUGGCCGCGGGGCUCGUCCACGCCGACAAGAACGGCACCGGCACCGGCGGUCUCCCGGCCGCCGGCGACGCCGGUGCCAAGUGAACAGCCCCUGUGUUCACGCCCGUCCUCUGCUGCUACUCCGUGCUCAUUUUUUGUGCGCGCAGCAGAUGCCGGAGCAAAAUACUACUACUACCGGUAUUGUUAAAUUUCCGUCGCGUCAGCGUCAGCGUCAGUGGUGGGCGGAUUCAGUUGCCUUAUUUGAGGUAGCAACUGGUCUCUUCAUCCGGUCUCGUUGAUCGUCUUGCUGCUGCUGGUUGGUGGUGAAGUCUCGGCUGCUAGCAUCUCGGGAGGUUGCGAAGGUUUUUUAGUGCCAACCUCCUCAUAUGUUUGCCGCUGCGUCUUCAUCUCCUCCUCGAGCAGGCCUGGUCGAUCGUAGGUCUUGUCUUCAAGUUGUGUGCUGCUGCUUGCUUGGGCUUGAUUGUGUGCUCGUGUAUGGUACGGUACUGUAAAAAGAAGGGAUGGAUCAGCGAGUAUUAUGGUCCGAUCCAUCCUUCCUUGCUUGUGUGUGUGUGUGCUCGUAGUAUUGUGGUUCCCUUCUUUAUCAAAUCAAUACUAUAUAUAGUAUACUAAGCA